UUUGCAGGAUUUCCCGUACGUAGAAAAGGAAGCAACGAAUUUUGGUUUGUUUCUUGGGAACUAAGCGUAACAACAUCCAUUGAUGGCUUCCCCUGAAAGCCAACCCAGGUCAAACCCAAAUAGUCGUAUCUAUCAAAACGCCGAACGAACCCAUGGUCGGUGGGAGCUCCUAUAAUCCAAAGUCCACACUACGGUGUCGUUUUCAGUUCGUUUAAGCAUCUCCAUCCUAAUAACAACGCUUCUUCUACUACUACUACUACCGGUAUCUUAAUCUAAUCCCCAACGAAGCGAAACGAAACCGUUUAAGACGCUAUGGGGAACUGUUGGACGAAGUCGGAGAAACUAACGGCGGAGAUUGUUCCACCGCGAGACGGGGCCAAAGUGUACCCCACCGUCCGCCUGCACGGGUCGCCCAAGAGCAUUGUCGCGGCGUACAUCCGUUUCGCGCUUCUCCAGAAGGCGGUUUCGACGGACUUCGUUCCCUCGGAACCGGACGGUGCGGUUACGCUCCAGGUGGGGUCCGAGGUGGUGUCGGGCUCACGCGACACGCUGCUGCGCUUCAUCGACGCGCGCUUCCCCGGGCCCUCGCUCGGGAAGAGGGAGGACGAAACGACGCCGUUGCUGGCGUCCCUGGCGCGCGUGCAGCACACCGCCAUGCUCUGGCACGUGGACCGCAUGCUGAGGUGGGCCGAGGAUCUCACCACACGUGGAGGAAGGAAGACCGUUGAUCCCUCCGUCGGGACUCCCCGGAUGGAGAUUAGGAAAUUCGCCCGCAGCUACUCCCAGCUGCUUGAGCUCAUGAUGGAACACGCGCGGAUGGAAGAAACCCUUCUCUUCCCUAUUUUUGAUAACGCCGAUCGAGGGCUUGCUAAAGCUGCAAAAGAGGAACAUGCUAGGGACCUACCUCUCAUGAAUGGCAUCAGAGAAGUUAUAAAGUCUGUUGGGGUUUUGGAUUCCGGUAGCCCUGAUUAUCAAGAGGCUUUGUACAGUCUUUCUACUCGGUUCAAGUCAUUGCAGGGGCAAUGCAAACAACAUUUUGCAGAAGAGGAGGUGGAAUUGCUUCCACUGAUGGAAGCGUUGGAGUUGAGCAAAGAGCAAGAAGUGAGUGCACUGGAGCAGUGCUUUGAAGUGAUGCGAGAAACACACGGUCGGUUGUUGAAGUUUCUUCUUGAAGGUCUACCUCCUUGUGAUGCUAUGAAGUACUUGGACUUGAUCAGCAUGUGUAGGGACAAAGAGAAAGUGGAAUCCAUGCUCCAGAUGAUAGUUAAGUGAGAGAUCUUGUUAAUGGGUUCAAUCAUUGUGCAACACAUGGAUGAACUGUCAGGCUUGCUUUGUCAAUAGAUGUAAAAUUGUUUUUUCUUUUUUUUGAGCCAGUUCUUCUGAAGGAAGGAAGUAACCCCCAACAUAUCUGUAGGCUUUCAUAGUUCUGCUUUUGUGACCUGGGGCAUUCUUCUUGAAUCUGUCGGCCUGGCCUUUUGAUUAAGGAAACAGAAAGCAUGGAUAGCAUUUGGAAAAGCAGGACAUUUUCUUUUUCUUUUUCUUUUCCCUUUUCCUUUUCCUCAUGAUAGUUUGGAUAAGGUUGUCAUGAACAUGUUCCUAAAUAAUGUAAAUCCAAAUAUAAGCACCCAAAUUUAUUCAAAACAAAAGUAAGUUAAGUAUGCCAGUUUGCCUAUUUUGAUUGGUAACUCCA